CUUUCCACAGCUAUCUCGCUUGGCAGACGUGGCCAUUCAAUUCUAGUUCUAGAGUCUACAAAAGAGCUUCAAUCUCUAGGUGCUGGAGUUGCCUUGGCGCCGGCGGCUAAACAAUGGUAUGAAUGUGAUUCAGCAGAAAAGGUGCUUUCGGCGGAUGAUUCAGCAUGUCGUGCUGCGGAGGGAUUCGAAAGUAGACGUUGGGACACCGGUGAAGCAAUUGCUCGAACAGCAUUUCCUCCCGAGAAGAGGAUGUUUCCCAUUCUCCACGGAGACUUGAAAUUGGCGCUUACCUCGCGAGCUGAAAAACGGGAUAAUGUCGAGAUCAGAUUUGAUUCCCGCGUUAUCGACGUCGAUACGGAUGGUCCCGAGGUCGUGCUUGCAACAGGAGAACGAAUUGGCGGCGAUCUAAUCAUAAUCGCAGAUGGGGUCGGCUCUAAAUUGAAGUGGAAGGUCUGCCCGUCAAAAAUAGAGCGGGCGCAGCCCACUGGCGAUGCUGCAUAUCGACUGGUUAUUCCACGAGAGCUUCUGGAGAAAGACGAGGAAUUGCUGGCCUUAGUACAAAACCCUUGGAUAAAGCGGUGGGAUGGACCUCGUGGCCAUUCCGUGGCAUACCCUGUUCACAAUCAUGAGCUUCUGAACGUGGUUCUCAUUCAUCCAGAUGAGCAUGCCGAAGAAUCGUGGACGUUCAGGACUGAGAAGCGCCAUGUUGUUGCCGAGUUCCAAGGAUGGAAUUCUGCCCUCCGGAAGUUGAUAGACCUAGCGCCAGACGAGGUACCAAACUUUAGGAUCCUGGCUCAUUCCCCCUCGCCAGGCUGGGUCAGGGGAGCUGUUAUACUGCUUGGAGAUGCUUGUCAUGCCAUGCCUCCAUAUCUCGGUCAAGGAGUAGCACAGGCGGUGGAGGAUGUUACUGCAAUCACGACCGUUUUGUCACUGAUUCAAAGUAAACAGCAAUUGUCUGCGGCUCUUGAGGCAUAUGAGACUUCUCGGAAAGGCCGCGUAUUCGAAAUACAAGCAGCCACUACCCAGGCACGACAAUAUGCGUACCGAGGAGAUGGCGAGGUGAAGGCAGUUCGUGACAAGGAACAAGAGGCUAAACGAAGUGACGAUGUGGUCAAGAUGAUUCGUUCCACUUGGAUCUGGGAUGCUGCAGAGGCUGCUAGAAUCGCUCUGUUUCAGAUCCUCAAAUCUGCAUAA